AUGGCUGGUUUUGGUGUAAAUGUUUUUGAUGCAUUUGCCGACAAUGCGGCUGAUCGUUUUGUAAAUAAUUUUAUACCGGGCAAUGGUGUUCUUCAAACGGGUGUUGAUCAAUGGCUUAAUAAUGAUAUUAAUCGUAAUUUAGGUGGAGGUCUUGGAUCAAGUUACGGAUAUGGUUAUGAUAAUGGCUUCGGCGGCGGAUUCGGCGGCGGCUUCGGUGGUGGUUAUGGUGGUGGAUGGUAUUAA